UAAGAACAAGUGGAGGACACUGGGACGGCGGGUGAGAGCCUGGGAACUGGCCAGGGUGCUUGGUGCAGCGCGCUCGGCAGGACGAUGCGGGCCGGCUCCUCCUGCGCUGCUCCCCACACCCGCUAAGCCCAGGUGGCCACCGGCAGUCUCCUGUCCAGGGCAAGCUCGCCGUCCCAAGAUGUGCCACGGGGCGCUGUGGGUAGCUCUGCCUGUGCUCUCCCUGCUGACCUGCUCUGGGCAGGGGAAGCCUCUGGAGAGCCGGGGCCGGACGCUGACAGCGGGAGAUGCCCAUCGCCUGCUAGGGGGGCCCGGAGGUGAGCACGGAGCGGGCACCUUCGACCUGAGGAUGUUCCUGGAGAACAUGAAGGUGGAUUUCCUGCGCAGCCUCAACCUGAGCGGCGUCCCCUCCCAGGACAAAACCCGAGCAGAGCCACCGCAGUACAUGAUCGACCUGUACAACAGAUACACCACUGACAAGUCGUCCACCCCGGCGUCCAACAUCGUUCGCAGCUUCAGCAUGGAAGAUGCCAUCUCUGUAUCUGCCACAGAAGACUUCCCCUUCCAGAAACACGUCUUGCUUUUCAACAUCUCCAUUCCUAGACAUGAGCAGAUCACGAGGGCAGAGCUCCGACUCUACAUCUCCUGUCAAAGUCACGAGGACUCCUCUCAUGAGCUGCAAGGAAACAUGGUUAUUUAUGAUGUCCUGGAUGGAGCAGACACAUGGGACCCAUCUGCAGGAACCAAGACCUUCCUGGUGUCCCAGGACAUUCGGCACGAGGGCUGGGAGACCUUUGAGGUCUCCAGCGCUGUGAAGCGGUGGGUCAGAGCAGACUCCACCAAGAGCAAAAAUAAACUGGAAGUGACUGUGGAGAGUCACAGAAAAGGAUGUGACAAGCUGGAUAUCAGUGUCCCCCCAGGCUCCAAAAACCUGCCCUUUUUCGUGGUCUUCUCCAAUGACCGCAGCAAUGGGACCAAGGAGACCAGGCUGGAGCUCAGGGAAAUGAUCGGCCAUGAGCAGGAGAGUGUGCUAAAGAAGUUGUCCAACAACGGCCCAGCGGAGGCAGGUGAGAUCAAGGAUGAGGAGGAGGACUUGGCGAGCCGCGUCGUGGCCGCGGGGUCGUCCUUAGCCAGACAGAAGAGGAGUGCUGGCGCCAACAACCACUGUCAGAAGACCUCCCUGCGGGUGAAUUUCGAGGACAUUGGCUGGGACAGCUGGAUCAUUGCACCCAAGGAGUAUGACGCCUACGAGUGCAAAGGCGGCUGCUUCUUCCCCCUGGCUGACGAUGUGACCCCAACGAAACAUGCCAUUGUGCAGACCCUGGUACAUCUCAAGUUCCCCAUGAAGGUGGGCAAGGCCUGCUGUGUGCCCACCAAACUGAGCCCCAUCUCCAUCCUCUACAAGGAUGACAUGGGGGUCCCCACCCUCAAGUACCACUACGAAGGGAUGAGCGUGGCAGAAUGUGGGUGCAGGUAGUGCUGGCCUGCAGGCGGGGAGGCCAGGUGGGGGAGGGUCCUAAUGAGAGGUCCUGCGUCUUCCUGGGCACGACAGGGACUGAGCCCAUCUGCAUGCCAGCCUGAGAAGGAAAGGGAGCUGUCACAUCCUCCAGGUAAAGGCCUGCUCUCCCUCUCAUGGCCCACCCCAAGCACACCGCUGGGUUUAACUGCAGGGGAAGGCGAUGACAAGGGAACAUAUGGAUCUGGGGAGAAGACGGAAGCCUGGAAGGGCUGUUGGGUAGGAAGGGGAGAUGAUGAAAGGCGGACAAGAGGAAAAAUAAUCCAGUCAGCAGAUCACUGAGCAGAGGUGAGCCAGAGGAGUAUAGGCAUUGGGUGAUGUGCAGAGAUGUAUGGAAUUCCAGGAGUUGAAGAGGAUGGGGCUUAUUCUAAUAACCUCAGGGAGUGCGGAGGAAAGGAGCAGGCU